AUGGAGACUUUAUCUGUUCUUUUAAGAACAUUUAAAAGAGAUAAUCAAUCAUCUAUAUAUAAAAAAAAUAGACAAAUUAAAUCACAAAAUAAAUUACAAAAUAAAUCACAAAAUAAUGGUAAUAAUAAUAAUAAUAAAGAUAAUAACAAUAUUAAUAAAGAUGGCAGUAAUUAUUAUCAAAUAUUUAAAGAUAAUAGAGAUAGUAAUAAUUUCGAUUGCAAAUUAUCAAUUGAUUUAAAUUAUAUAGCAUUCUCCAUAUCUGAUAAUAAAAAAUUAAUUAUUACAUCAUUAUAUUAUAAUAAAAAUAAUAUUGCAAGUACAAAUUCGUCUCCAUCAUCUUCUUUAUCCUCUUCAUCAUCAUCUGUAUUUUUAUUUAAUUCCGUUUUAAACAACAACAACAACAACAACAAUAAUAAUAGUAAUAAUAAUAGUUAUACAUAUAAACAACCAUAUUACUAUUAUCAUCAACAACAGCAACAACACCAAUACCAACAACAGCAGCAGCAGCAACACCAUUUUGGUAGUCAUCAUCAUCACUUCUUUAGUCAUAAUAGUAGUUUCUAUAAAGAAUAUAUUGAUAAAGAUAUUCAAAUUUUAAGAUUUUACCAACAACAACAAACUAGCGAGGAUUAUAAGAUUGAAAUUGAAGGUAUUUCAGAGGUAUUUCAAUAUAGUUGGAUGUCACCAAAAGUUCAAAAGGAGCCAAUAUCAUUAUACAAUAAUUCAAAUAAUGAUAAUACUACAAUACCUUCAAAUUUAGUUGUAUUAGAUAAUAAUCAAUCAUCAUUACAUCUUUUAUCAAUCUUUAAAAAUCUUACAACGAUUAAUCCACAAGAUUCACAACAAUCAUUACAAAAUUCUUCUUCAUCAAUUAAAAUAUCUGAUAUCAAAUUAAAUAAAACAUUAUGUAUUAUAUCACCAAUCGUUCAACAACCACAACAACAACCACAACAACAACAACAACAACAACAACAACAACAACAACAACAACAACAACAACAACAACAACAACAACAACAACAACAACCAAAUCAAAUUACAAUUAAAACAUUUAAAAAUUAUUUAUUACAUCAUUUUAUAUUACCAUAUCAAAAAAUAUUAGAACAAUUAGAUUUACCUCAAAAUACAACAAGUUGUAUUGAAAUUUUAUCAAGUGAUGACCAAGGUAAUUUAGUAUUAUUAGUAGAGAAAAGUGUUAUAGCUCUAUUUAAGAUUAAACAAAUUGAUAGUUUAAAUUUUAUAUUUUUUAUUCAAAGAAGAUUUAAUUUAUCAAUUGGUAAUUCAAAGAAAGAAUAUUAUCAAAAUAUUACUACUAUCAUCAAUAAUGAUAAUAAUAAUAAUAAAAGUAGUGAAGAAGAUAAACCAAUUCAUUUAGUUAAAUAUAUUGAUAAAUGGUUAUUCAUUGUAAAUAGAUUAGAUGGUGAAACUAGUAUUUGGAAUAUAAAUGGUAAAAAGAGAGGAAUAUUUCAGUUAAAAUCACUUUUAAAUAAAGAUAAGAUAAUUACAAGUAAAUUUAGUGAAAUUAAUGAAAUUUCAAUUUCUAGCGAUUUAAUGUCAAUUGUUUAUAAAUGUCAAAAUGAUCAAUUAUAUGUUUUAUCAUUAGAUUAUUGUUUUCAAAAUACUAUUACUCAACAACUUUCAACAAUUGGUUUAAUCAAUUAUUGUCACACUAAUAAAAUUGAUGAUGAAUGUGAUAUAUUUUCACCAUCUUCUUUUAUUUCACCAAUAAUUAGUGGUGCUGAUCAACAAGAACAACAACAACAACAACAACAGCUACCAACAUUAAUUGACCCUAUUGAUUCAGAGGAUUCAGAUGAUGAAGAGUUAUAUUCAAAUGCAGAGGAUAUAACCAAUAAAAAUGAAAUAUUUCAAUUUCAUUGGUUUGAAACUACAGAGUCUUCAUUGAAAUUACAAGAUAAUAAAAAAGAAUUUGGCCAAUUAGCUCAAUGGAUCCCAAAGAAAAAUUCAAAUUCAUAUGCAUUAAAUGGUUUUACAGUUUAUAAUAAUAAUAAUAAUUUAAAUGCAUUAUAUAAUCCCAAUGGUAAUAAUAGUGGUAAUAAUUCUGGAAGAAUGUCAAGAGAGAAUUCAUUUGUUUUCAAUAAUAAUAAAGUUUUAGGUAAAUCACAAAGUAUAGCAGAUGAUUUAUAUAAAGAAAUGAAUAAUAAUAAUGAACAAUUAUCAUCAUCAUCAUCACCAUCAAUUUUAGUUAAAAGUAAUAGUAAUAAUAAUUUUCAACAAGUUCAACAACAAUUAAAUGAUAGUUUAUAUAGUUUAAUUAUACCUUCACUUGAAGAUUUAGAUAAUGAUAAUAAAGUAUUAAUAAAUACUGAAUUAUUUAUAACACCAAAAUUAAUUGUUUAUCAAAAAGAUUAUAGAGUAACUAUUAGUAGUGGUAUUAAUAAUAAUGGUGAUGAUGAGUAUGAUGAUGAUGAUGAUAAUGAUGAUAAUUCUCAAUUUAAAACAGAAUUUUAUUUAUAUGAUAGAAAUAAAAUUGAUAGAAGAUCAAUUGAAAUUAUUCAAGGUAGAGUUUUAACAGUUAAAUUAUUAGAUCAAUCAUUUUAUCAUCUUACAGAGAAUGGUAUUAAUUCUAUAUUGGUUGAUACGAAUCAACAGCAGAUUUUAAAUAAUUUAAUUAUGUUGGAGGGUGCAGAAUCUGCAAAUCAUCUUUGUUCUCUAAAUCAAUGGAAUAAACGUGAUCUAAAAGUUCAUGCAUUACACUUAGGUUUAAAGUAUAGACAAUUGGAUGUUGUUGAACCAGCUUUAGCUAGUUUAGAUAUGGAUCAACAAUUUAUUGGUAGUAGAUUACUCAUUAAUAUCAUCUUGGAAAAUUCGGCAAAUGCUGCAAAUUCAAAUGUACAUAAUGAAUCUUUCACAAAUGAAUUAUUGCAUAUUGGUAUGAAUUUCAUCGGUAUAAUUAUUAAAGAUAGAGCUCAAUUAGUUCAUCAAUCUUUAAAAAAACAUAAUCAAAAUCAAACUAAAAUGGAUUUAUAUAAUAAAGAUCACGAAGAUGAAGAAGAAGAAGGUGAUGGUGAUAAUAGUAAUAAUAGUAAUAGUCAAGAUAGUGAUGGUGAUGAUGACGAUGAUUUAAAAAAGAUUCUUCAAAAAGUUAAUGAUAUACCAAUACCAGAAGCAUCAAUAACAACAACAACUACUACUACCACUGAAAAUAAUCAUAUUGAACAACAGGUUAAACAAAUUGGUAAUAUUAAUUGGACAGAAACUUUAACAACUCCAUUAAAUAGUAGCACAUUCCUUGAUAAUCAUCAACAACAAUCAUCAGCUUCAGCAUCAUUAAAUCAAUUAUUAUCAAUUGAUGAUCAAAAACAACAGCAACCAAAUACACCAAUUCAAGAUUUAUUAUUAUUUACAAAAAUUUUAGAAGCAUUAAGAUUAUUCCAAAAGGAGAAACAAGAUAGUACUUUACCAAAGAGAAAACAACAUGGAUACUAUCAUCAACAACAACAACAACAACAAUAUCACCAACAACAGCAACAGCAACAACAACAAACUUAUAAUCAAUUAUUAAUUACUCAAAUGAAUGAUAUGGGAUCAUGGUUUCCACCUGGUUUAAUUGAUAGAUGGGAAAGAAUGGAAGAAUUAGAAAUUAUUAAAGAAUCUUUAAAUAAUGGUAACAUUUCAACAUUGAUAAGUUAUAUCAAUUGGAAACGUGAAAAGAAAGGAUUAUUAUAUCAUCAACAACAAUCAUCAUCAUCGUCACAAGAUUCAUUAUCAUCUCAUAAUGAUUUAACAUUCCCUCAUCUUAAAUUCAUCUCUGGUAGUGGUCCUUUCACUUUUAAUGAUAUUCAAAAGAUAUCAUGUUGUUUUGUUUAUCAAGCUAUCAGUCAAGAUCAAUUGGAAGUUGCAAUUAAACUAUUAAAAACUAUAGGUACACCAAUUGUACCAAAUUUAAAACAAUUGGCAUUCCAUACUUCAAGAAGAAAUAUACGAAAUCAAAUUUUAGAUUUAUUAUUAAAUCAUCCAAUGUUUAAGAAUAAUAAUGAUGACGAUGAUGAUGAUGGUGAAAAUAAUAAAUUCUUUACAGCUCAAGUAUUGGAAUUGAUUGACUUUCGUAGUAAACUUGAUAAACUUUAUCCAAACUUUUCAUAUCAUCGUGAAUUCUCAAGAUUAUCAUUCAAAUGGAGACCGCUAUUAGAAUCGAAACCACCAUUGUUAAUUCAACAACAACAACAACUUCAACAAUAUUAUCAACUUCAAAAUAAACAACAACAAUAUCAAUAUCCAAUAAAACUGUUUUCAUUCGAUCUAUACUCUGAUGAUGAUAUUAAAAUUCAAAGUCAAGAGGUUGAUGAUUUGUUACCAAAUACUGAACAUCAUUAUGGUUUCCAAUUGAUCACACAUGGUAAUGCAUCAUUACAACAAACUAAUGUAUAUAGUAGUGGCUUUUUAAGAACAAGUUCACCAAUGGUUGCUAAUAAUAAUAAUGGUGGUAUUAAUAACAAUGGUGGUGAUAUUGGUAGUGGUACUGGUAAUAGUACACCAACUGGUUAUCGUAAUAGAAUCAUUUUAUAUCCACCACCAACUAAUAGUAUAUAUAAUAACAACAACAACAACAACAAUAAUAACAAUAAUACUAAUUCAUCAUCAUUACUUUCAAAUAGUAUUAAUGGUAAUCAAUUACAACAUAUUCCUCAAACUAUGGAUGGUUAUUCACAUUAUACUUUAAAUUGGUUAUCAAAAUGGUCAACCGAUACAAAAGAACGUAUAUUAAUUGAUAAAAAGUAUAAAAUGGAGAAAAGAAAUAUCAUUUCAAAAUUAUUCCAUUCAAUCAAUCAUAAUCAACAUCAAUCAGUUUUAGAUUGGGUUAAUCAAUUAUCUUUAAAGGAAAUUCAAUCUUUAAGAGAUUUAGUUUUAAAAAGAUUCAUAAUUGUUAAAAAUAAUCAUAAAACAACAACAACGACAACAAAAAAAAUUAUAGUUAAAAGAAUAAAAAAUAGUAGUAAAAAAGAAACAACUGUAUUAGAGAAAGAAACAAAAGAAACAAAAGAUAAUAAUUUAGAGAACAACAACAACAACACCAAUAAUAGUAAUAAUAAUAAUAAUAAUAAAGAAGAUAUUGAAGAUAAUAAGCAAGAGAUUUUAUUAUAUAAUUCAAUUAUUGAAUCAUUGAAAACCAGUACUCAAUUCGUUAGAGACAUGUUUUUAAAUCAUUUAGCAAAGAAUAGAAUCUUUUUAUUAGAUGUUGAAAGUUCACCAUGGUUUUAUAUUGAAAAUCAAUAUAAAUCAUUCUCUGUUGACAAAAACUAUUUAUUAAUGAAACGUUUAGCUUAUAAUCAUUUAUUAUUCCCAGAAUUUAAUGACGAUAGUAUUAGUAGUAGUGAUGGUAUUAAAAGUUUAUUUAAAUCUCAUUCUUACCCAUUAAAUAAAUUAUUACCAAUUUUUACAUCAACAAAUCAUGAUGAAAAUAAUGGCAACAAUAGUAAUGUUGAAAAUGGAGGUAGUGGUGAAGAUUUAAGACAGCAAUUAGAUUUUCAUAAAUUCUUUAUUGAAUUUUGUAUAAAGAAUAGAUUAUAUCUUUUAUUAUCAAGUUAUUUAUCAAGUUAUAGAUUAGCAAAUAAUUGGAGUGAAAGAAAAUUAUUAGAUAUCGAAUUAGAAUCAAAUCAAUUUGUUUCAAAUGAUAUUCAAGCUCAAUUAUUAUUAUUAUUUAAAUCGAGAUCAAAAGUUGAUUUCAUUAAAUCAAAUAUUUUAAAUUUAGUAUCAUUACUAUCAGAUAAUAUUAAUACUAAUAAUAAUAAUAAUAAUAGUGGUAACAGUGAUGAAAAAUUAAAAUUACAAAAUCAACAAAAAAUGAAACAACAACUUCAAAUUAAUUUAUCAUCAUUUGAUAAUUCAUUUAAUAUUCAAAAUCAAUUGGAUCAAUUUUAUAAUAUCAUAAAUAAUGUAAUUGAAAAGUAUCCAAAUAAACCAUUGAUCGCAUUGGCAUCAAUGAUUUAUUCACCAAUUAAUUUCAAAGAUUUAAUGUCUGGUAUAACUGAUCAAGGUAUAAAAUUACAAUCAAAACAAUUAUUAUCAAAAAUUAAAAAACAAUAUCCAACAACUUUUAAAAUUUUAGAGAAAUUAUCAAAUUCAUCAAAUAAUAAUAAUAAUAAUAAUGAUGGCUCUACUACAUCAACAACAACAUUGAAUAGAAGUGAUAGUAAUAAUAACUUGAGACAAUUAAUUAAACCACGUGAUAUUAUAACAAGUAAACAAGAUAUAACAUUAUCAGAAUUAUUAGAAAGUAAUUCAUUGUUUAGUUUAUCUCAUUUAUUUGGUUCAACUGAUCAAGAUUCUCAAAGAUUAUUAAUUGGCGAUUUCCGUUUACAAUCAUUUAAAGAAGGUUAUUUAGAUCGUAUUGAUGUCUUUUAUUAUCUUGAAAAAGGUAGACCAUUAAAAGCAUUUAAUCAUCUUUGUAAAUCAUUAUCAAAAAUUAAUAAUAAUAAUAAUAAUAAUAAUAAUAAUAAUAAUAAUAAUAAUAAUAAUAAUAAUAAUAAUAAUAAUAAUAAUAAUAAUAAUAAUAAUAAUAAUAAUAAUAAUAAUAAUAAUAAUAGUAGUAUUGAUAUAAUUGACGGUGAUAAUGGUUAUGAAAUUAAAUUCUCAAAUAAAGAACAAAGAAAUUUAAUUGGUUGGUUAAUUAGAACGUUUACAUUGAAAAGAAUUAAUAGAAAAGAAUCAGUUUCUUCUGCAAUCGCUUUAAUGGAUUUAUGUAAAAUGUAUGAAUAUUCAACAUUAAUUAGAACUGAUGUCUCUGUAUUACAAUGUAUACUUUCAAAUCAAUCAAAUAUAACACCUCAUCAAUAUUCACCAUUAUUAUUAUCUUCAUCAUUUAAUGGUGAGAAUAUUAGUACUACUGCUAAUAAUAAUAAUAAUAAUAAUAAUAAUAAUAAUAAUAAUAAUAAUAAUAAUAAUAAUAAUAAUAAUAAUAAUAAUAAUAAUAAUAAUAAUAAUAAUAAUAAUAAUAAUAAUAAUGAACAACAAGAUACAUUAAAUUCAUAUCAAAUUGAAAGUAUUGAAUUAUUUUUAUCACUUUAUAAAACACCAGAAUCAUUAUUAGAGAUAAUGACAUUAUCAUUGGGUGGUAAAACAUCAACAUCAUCAUCAAAUACAGCUUCAGUACCAUAUCCAGGUUCACCAAUUCAAAGAAUUAUUAGUAGAUUUGAAAAUACAAUAUCAAUUGAUGAACCACUCGUUGCUGUUAAAACUGAUGAUGAAAACAAUAACAAUAACAAUAACAAUGAUAAUUCAUCAUCAUCAACACCAAUUUUAAAAAAUAAUUGGUAUUUAUUAUCAAAAUUCUGUCAAUGUCAUCAUGUUGCAAAACUAACGAGACAACUUGAACAUUUAGCAUCAAGUGGUAAUUGGUUAGAAUUUAUUUAUCAAGCACAAAUUCAAGAUUUUCCAUUACAACAAAUUAAAGAAAUCAUUUAUGAAAAAGUUAAUUCAAUUGGUAUAAAAUCACAUUUACUUUUAGUAUUAGAACAAUUAUCAAAUGAUAGAAAGAGACAAUAUAUAAAUCAUCACCACCAAAUUAAUAAUAACAAUAAUAAUAAUGAAAAAGAAGAAGAAGAAGAGAGAGAAGAAGGAAUUAAUAAUUCAGAAUUAUUAAUUAAUUCAAUGAAUUAUUAUCCAAUUGAAGAAUCAAAAUUAUCAAAUGAUAUAAUUGGUUAUUUAUUAUCAUCAUAUCGUUCAAAUAAUCCAAGAAAUUAUUUAUUGUAUAAUGCAACUAAAGAUAAGAGACCAUUGUUGGCGGUGAUUGCAAAUUGUAUUGAUAGAAAUCAAAAUGAUUUAUCAACUAUUGAAUGUUUAGUAACUUGGUUAUGUGUUUGUACAACUAAUUUAUCAAAGUUUUUAUCGGGUAAUGAUAAUGUUACCAUUGACGAUAGUUUUGAUUUCGAUUUGGAUGCACUAAACAUCUCAUUGGAUCAUCAUGUUGUACCAAAUAUAAAGAAAUAUAAUUAUCAAGAUUUAAUUAAUUCCGUUCAAUAUAUAAUUCAAAAUAGAAAAUCAUUCAUUCUAUUACAAGGUUUUAAAAUUUUCUUACCAAAUAAUAUACUUUUAAAUUAUUUAAAAUUCAUUAACCAAUUUCAUCAAUAUAGAUUUGAAGAUUCUGAAGAAAGUUUAAGAUUAUUCAUUAAUGAUUUAUUUGAUUUUAAAGGUGGUGAUGGUAAUAAUAAUAAUAAUAAUAAUAAUAAUCAAAAUAAUAAUAAUCAAAAUAAUAAUAAUAAUCAAAAUAAUAAUGAUUCAUCAAUUUAUUUUAAAUCAAAAGAUAGUGUAAAAAAAAUGGUUGUUGAAAUUUGUGAAAAUUUAUUAGAAAUGUUUUCAUCAUAUGAACGUGAACAUUUUAUUGGUAUUUUACAUAGAUCAGGUAUUUCAUAUACAUUCUCAACAUUGUAUAGUACAUUAAAUCUUUUGAAGAGAACUCAAAUGCAAGAUAAAAGUAUUCAUAUGGAUCCAAAAUUAAUUGUACAACAUUUAAUUGAAAAAGGUUUAUUUAAAGAUGCUAGAACUUAUUCAUUAGAGAAUCAUUUAGAUAAGGAUUUGGUCACUGUGGCAGAGGUUGAUGCGCUAAUCAAUCAUUAUCAACAAGGUUGUCUAUGGGAAAUUGAACAAGAAAGAAUUAAUCUUUGGAAGAAAUGUCAACAAUAUUUCAUUCAACAUCAAUCAAAACCUGAUAUCGCAGGUGAGUUAUUCUAUAAUCGUGGUAAUAAUAUUCAACCUUCAAGAGAAAAAGUAUUUUUAUUAUCAAUUGCUGUUGAAUGGUUUGAAAAAUCUUAUUUUGAAAAUAUAAAUACAGAUAAUAUUGUGGGUAGUGGUAGUGGUAAUACUACACAAUUAACACCAACUAAAUCAUCAUCAAUUACAACUACAUUUAUUGAAGAUUUAAAGAAACAAAUUUUACUAUUAUCAGUUGGACUUUCAAAUCAAGAAUCUAAUGAUAGACCAUUCGAUGAUGAUGGUUCAUAUGAAGAUUUUUCACCUUCAACUUCACCAGCUCGUAGUAUUACUUUUCCACGUGGUACUAAUCGUGGUUCUGGUGGAUUCAAGAGUGUCAAUAAUAAUAAUAAUAAUAAUAGUAAUAGUGAUAGUAUUAAAAAUAGUAGUCAAAAUUUAUUAUCUUAUUUCACUUCACCAAUGGCUUCACCUUCAUCUUCAUUAUCUUCAUCACCAAUUGACCAUCAUGAUUCACCAAUUAAAGAUUAUGCUCAAAGAAAUAGAAAAUUCCAAUUAAUUUCAAGUAGUGGUACAAAUUCUUCUUUCUCAACUUCACCAUUACAACAACCAUCAUUUGUUUCAUCAAUUAAAGAUAAUAAAACAACAACAACAACAACAACAACAAGUGUUUCAUCAGUAAUUUCACCAAUUAAAUCAAUUCAAUUAGAACCAAAGGCAUUGGAUAAUGUUUUAUCAAAAUUAUUAAAUUCAAAUCAACUUUUUGAAGCAGAACAAAUCGUACAACAAUUUAAUUAUAAAUCAAUUGAUUAUGAUUUAAUUUCAACAAUGUUAAAGAUUGUAAAUAGAACCAUUUCACCAAAUCCAAAUCAAUUCCCACAAGAAUUAAUUAAUGAAUUAAGUCGUGAUUAUAAUACAAGUAGAUGGUUAAAAGCAUCACAACAAUCACAAUUCCAAUCAUCUUCAACUUUUACAGGUGCUAGUGGUAAUGGUAAUGGCGGUAAUAGUGGAUUUGAAAUUUCAGUUGAAAAUAUUUUAUCAACAUUAGAGAAUUUAUCAUCAUGUUGUACUUUAGCAAAACAAGCGGCAAAAGCAAUCAUUAAUAAAUUUAAUGUUUCAGAGAAAUUAUCAAUGGGUUAUUCUGAAUUAUUAAUUUCAAAUCCAUAUGAUAUCAUUAAUCAAUUGCUAUUACUUGGUAAAGAUUGUUUUAGAUUAAUCAAAUCUUAUAUUUUCACAAAUCAUUUAGAUAUCGAUAAAAUUAAUGAUCAAUUAGCAGAUCUAUUCUCUGAAACCAUAAUCAAUCAAUAUAAUAAAUCUCAUCAAAGUACAUCAUCAAGUGGUUCAACUUCACCAAAUAUGAGUAUUUUAUCAUUAUCUUUAGAUGAUCAACCAGGUAGAGUUGGUGAAGGUAAAUCAAAUGGUAUCGACCCAAAUUGGACAUCAGAAGAAUUUCAUGAAUAUAUUAGAAUUGGAAGAGAUCCAUUUACAUUUGGUAUGAAAUUAAUUGAAGCAACACGUAUAAAUUAUGAAUCUUAUUUCUCUGUUGAUAAUUCACCUGGAAUUUUUGGUAAUACUGGUAUGGGUAGUUAUGUUUCACCAUCAUUAAAACAACAGAGCAAUACCUUAAAUGGUACAGGUGGUGGUGGUGGCAAUGGUGGUGGUAAUAAUGGUAGUGGUAAAUUAUCAUCACCAAUAGGUAUGGAAGCUGAAGUUGAAAUGUUUGUUAGAGCUCAUUUUUGUUUUGUCAUUGCAUGUAGUGUUGAUGGUACAAUUUUAGUAUUGAAUAUGGUUAAAUCAAGAGUAAACUAUUAUGCAGAUGCUGGUAAAUAUAAAUUGUUGGUACGUUUAAUUACAGGUAUGCAAUGCUAUAACGAGUUACAAUCAAUUUUCGAUAUUCUACUUCAACAUAAUCAAUUUGAAUUAUUAUUAAGAAAGAAAAUUCAUCAACAUGAAGAUCAAAAUGGUUUAAAGUUAGCAUUACAUUCUUAUCUAAUGAAGAAACAACCAUUAUAUCAAGACAAAUUGGAAAUGUUAUUCUUACGUUUUAAUAUGUAUCGUGAAAUUGCAUUAAAUAAUGAACAAAAAGCAAGAUCAAGAUUAGAAUCAUUAGGUAAAAUGGUUGACAAUCACUAUGGCGGUAGUGGUAUUGGCGGUAAUAAAUCAAAUUCAUCAUUGAAUAGUAAUUCAAGUAAACAGGAACUAUUAUCAAUUAUGAAAGAUUUCUUAGAUGCAGCUGAUAAUUAUUCAAAAGAAAGAAGUCAACGUACUGCUCAAACUUGUAUUUCAAUGGGUGCUUUAAUUGCUUUACAAAUAAAAUCACCAGAAAUUCCAAUCAUUAAUUUACGUCAAAAUCAAGCAAAACACUCAAUGACCAUUCGUCCUUUCUUUAAAGAAUCUCUAAUCAUUGCAAAUGCUUACAAUUUAAAUGCUUACUCUGAAUGGAUUGAUGUUUUAUUCUAUCAAGUUUUAGCAAAUGGUAAUUUCAAUUAUUUAAAUGAUUACAUUUCUUAUUUCUCUCAUUCAAAUUUAUUUUAUUCAGAUUUAAUUAAAAGAUAUAAGGCAGAUACAACAAAAAGUGGUAAAUUACAACAUGUUAGAAAUAUAAUUCAAAAUGUUAUUGUUGAUAAAAACUUAAAGAAUGAAUUAGAAAAAGAACUAACUAAUUACAAAUAA